UCUUUAUAUAUAUGACUGAGGAUAGAAAUGACGCAAUUACAUAAAAUAAUAAUUUCAUCUUUUUAAAUACCUCUGAUCAGGGAAUAAAUGAAAGUAUAGUGUUGAAAAGUUAGAAAUUCCGAAAAAAACUAUUAAAAACAAUUUACUCAAGAGUAAAAUUAUGAAUUAGUCUAGAGGAUUUGAUUAGAAAAAAAACUGUCGGUUGUAGGAUAUAUACAAAUGAGACUGAUUAAAAAACUGAAAUUGAGGAAAGUAAGAAUAUAAUAAAUUAGAAAAAAAUUGCAGAAUAUGUAUUUAAGAUGAUGAAUCAUCGUAAUUCAUUUCACCAUGUAAAUGCAAAGGUUCUACUUAAUUUGUACAUGAAGAAUGUUUAAAGAUGUGGGUUUUAGAAUAAUCUGGAGUAAAUAAGAUAUAUAAUAGGAAUGUAGUUAUAUAAAAUAAAUUGUAGUUAUAAUGUGAAAUUUGCAAACAUAGAUUAGAUUACAAAGCAAAAUUUAUUAAUAGAUUUGAUAUCUGUUAAUUUAGAAAAGUAAAAUUGAUAACAAAGAUAUGUUGGAUUAUUCAAUUAGUUUUUAUAGCAUUGUGUAUUUAUGCUUCAAUUUAAGUUGUUUCUAAAUUCGGAAUAGAUUCAUUAGCAACAAUAUGUAUUGUAGUAGUGAUAUGUUUGGUUUUGUUCGUGAUAACUAUUUAUUUGUGCUUUAGUUUUUCAUCUGCUCAUAAAGUAGAGAUGAUAGAGGAUUGGCAAUUUAAAAAUUAUAAACCAUAUUAAAAAGUAUCAAGUGGUAGAAAAUAAAUACCAAAUAAAUUUUUAAGAAUCAAUUAGAUAGAUUGUAUUUGA